UAAUAUAGUAAUAAGAGUCGGUGGUCUUUCCUGUCUGUUUGUGGCCGGGCGGUCGCGCUGUGAGCACGAGCCCCCUGGGAGAGCAGUGACGGUGCUCUGGGGCUUCAUAAUGAAGGCUGCUGCUGGGAAACAGGCAGACGGUGGUGUCUACUGCGUCACUCUGUACCGCUGAGACAGGAAGGGAGGGUGGAGCAGGAUGCGAGCCUGCAGACCGCACACCAGCGUGAGCUGCUGUACCGACAGAGAGGAGAGGAGAGAGACGGAGGCAGACUGGGUCCCUAAUCCCCCCUCCGCCACCAGACUGACAGAACACAGCCUACAGGAGGACCAUGCUGCACUCCGGGGUGAAGCUCUGCGCUCGGCUGCUGCUGCUGUCCCUCUCCUGGGGGGGCACCCAUUCAAGGGGACCCGGCUCCACCCUGCACCCGGUGGUCUCCGGACCCCCGCUCAGCUCAGACGUGAGGAGUGUGGUGUUCAAAGGGGAGAGCCAGGUGGAGGAGGUCCAGGUGGUGCGGCCCCUGACGCUGGCCCUGGAGUGCACCUGGACCGGCAGCCAGGACCGACCGCACAACAUCUCUGGCUUCUGGAGGAAGGACGGGUCUGAGCUGGCGGACAGCCGGCACCCCGUGCUGCUGGAGAACCAGCAGUAUAACCUCAGACGGGCGUUCAGCAUCACUGAUGAAGAGGGCUUGGGUAAUUACUCCUGUGUCUUCGACAAUCAAGCGGAAGUAGACUUCAUUUUGGCAGCGCCGCGGGUCGGGGAGGUGAGAGAUAAGCCCAUCGUCAGCUACGUGGGCGACUCUGUGGUCCUCCAAUGCAAGAUGGAAGACACCAAGCCCCAACCCAACUCCUGGACCUGGUACCGGGCCAACGGAACCGACAAGGAGCUCCUAGACCCUGAGCCGGACUCCCCCCGGUACCAGAUCCACAACCAGGAGGGGAAGACCAAGCUGACGGUGCGGAACCUGACGGAGGCGGACUCCGGGGCCUACUACUGCGGGGCGGUGUACGACAUCAGCGUGACCCUGAGCCGCGUGGACCUCCGGGUCAUCACCUUCCUGGAGCCGCUGAAGCCCUUCCUGGUGAUCGUGGGCGAGGUGCUGGUCCUGGUCUCCCUCAUCCUGCUGUACGAGAGGACCCAGGCCCACGGGCCGCAACCCGAUAAUACAUUGAGUGAUGACCAAGCUCAUAAACUGACCCCCGACGAUGCCGGUGGAGAGGUCACGGAUUCUUCCACCAGGCAGCGGAAGCUCUGACCGGCCCAUCGGAUUCCUCUUGCCCAGGAAGUGUGUUUGUGGAUCAUUGUAUUAUCAACAGAACAGCGCUUUAUGAACUAAUGUGGGCCGACCUCAGACCAGUCUCACUUUGGAUUGGAGUUCGCUCAAACUCCAAAUAUUAAUGUUAUCUCUGGAACCAAAUCUAUUUCAUUUUGUCUUUGUUUCAGUGACUAAUUCAGCGCUCAUUAUACCGGUGUUUAACACUUUUGCACAGUGCCUUAAACGGUCCAACAGUACCAGCUACUCAGCUGAUCAUGAGGCUUUACCUGCUCUACACAUCGGCAAACAACUGCUUCCCUUCUCAACCUUUCAGCUCAGAAUAUCCCUCCUCAAGAGGCUGUGCCUGUAGCUCUCAUAACGUGCAACCAAAAACCUUUAAGCGUCAAAUAUCCAAAUAAAAAAGGUACUAAAGAGUUCGAUUCAGAUUCU